AUGUCAAGUGGUCGACUAUCAAGUUUUCGAAUCUUCCGGGGCCCGAGAUCUUUUUACCGCUUCUCCUCGUUACAGUCGAAGUCGCCAACUGUCCCAGAGCCCUUGGGCUAUCCUUAUUUUUGCAAGAAGUUCCGCUCUGAGAUUGAUUUGUUCAAGAAGUAUUGCGCAUCUGAUUCCAAUGGCAAUCUGGACUUGUUCAGGAACUUGCACAGAUACAAUAAGAAUAUUUCAAACAAAGAGCGCCUCUCACUGUUUGUCACCACAUUGAAACGCAAUAAGCAGUUUUACGACUACUUGAUGGAACAACUAAAUCCAUCCAGAACAUCAAACGACCCUGUACCAUCUCCAACGGAAUUGAGUCAGCCAAAGACCAUUGGCUCUCUUCUCACAAAGGCUGAGGAGACCCCCCAGGCGGAGCCGGAGCAGGGUCCUGCUACUGUAAAGAAGAAGAAAGGCGAUGCCUCGUUCAAGGAUCUCCUCAGUUCCAUCAAUAAGAUCCAGAAAAAAAAAUCCUAUCAUCACCAUGAGCUUCCCAGAAUGACGAAUUUCACCCCAAUGCCAUCCUACCGCCCUUUCAUCAUGAGCAUAGAUCAGGCAUCUUCUAAGUCUGCUGCUGAGUUGGAGUCCUUUUUACAAGAAGCAAAGCACCAAAAUGACGUGACGCAGGAGCAGCUAUUCAAGAGCGUACAAAACUACGAGUGGGCUAGACAGCAGACUUCUAAGGAUCCACGCUCUUUUGAGGCUGGCAAUUUCUUUACCCCUGUACUUGUUCCGAACACUUUUGUCCCUAGCAGUCUCUUUGCAGGCCAGAAUCACUCAACUAUAGACUUGUUUCCUUCCCUGGCGUCAAAAAAAGAGAUGCCAAAGGGAUAUGAGUUUAUGGUUUUGCAUGAAAAUGGAGAAACGGAGAAAGUGCGAGAGUAUGAUCCUCACGAUGUGCAACCUGAAAAGCGCAACGUCUCGAAACUGUUAGCCCAGCUACGGUCACCUGAGGCGUACAUCAAAAAUAUCAACAAGCUGAUAGCUCAGAACUGGCACCUCCUUGAUGGGGAUUUGGACAAAUUGGUAUUCUUCAGGAAGAAAUCCACCAAGUUCUAUUUGUGGGCUAGAAACGGUUUGGCGGUCGUUGGUUUGGGGUUUCUCGUUAUUCUUGGCCUAAGCUAUUUUGUGGAUUCUGACGAAAUCGCACAGCUCGCAGACUACAAGGACGCCAAAAGAAACAAAGACCUAACGGUUACAUGA